AUGAGUGGCACCCGAGCUGGCAUUCUAGCCGAGCUCGUUGCCAUCCGUGAGGACUUGGUGGGUUUGGCUGACCGACUGGACAGGCUUCAGGCCCAGGUGGAAGGUCUUGGUGUUGAGGAUUUUGAGUUGGUAGACGGGGGCUCCGUCCGUGGUUUGCCUGCUGGAGUUGCCGCCAAAGCUGCUCCAGCUCCUCUGACCUCGGAUCGUGAAAGGACCUCUGCUGCUGAGCAGACAGGGCGCUUCUUUGUGCGCUGCUUGGCCAAUCUUCCUGGUGGUGAUAGCGGCAGAAGCCGUGUGAAACUCCAGAACCGGCUCUACGUGGUGGUGCGAUCCAUUCGCGGACAGGUUUUCAAUCCUGUUCGUGUGCUCAGCCGUUUCUCUGAGGCCAGGGAGUUGGUCACUGAGACUGGUGUGGGUAGCAAUUUUGGUGAUUCAAUCUUUGCUGGAUUUGCAUCGCAGUGGGAAGCUAAGAUUGCUGUUCAAGAGGUUGCCCUAGUUGCCUUUGACGAUCAGAAAGGUUUUCUAGUUGCUUUGCCUGCAUCGGCUUGGGACAAAAGAGUUGACAAAAGAAAGCUCAAGCCAGGCACCAUCAACAAGGUGCUCAAAGUUGCCGUUGGUGGAAGCACAGAAGAGGACCGUCUGCAGGCUGCUGAGGGCAAAACUAUAAACAGCUGGAUUGGCUGGCUUUCGGAGGCAUUUGUUCCUUCGAUCAGUUUUGGUGAAGAAGUGGCUACCUCUGGGUUUGUAGACAGGGACUCAGGGGAUCCAUGCUUUCCUUUUGCGGAAGCCUUGGUGGAAGCAGCGAAAGACAAGUUUCAAGUUCGCCACCCUGGCGAGGAAGAAGUUCCUCCCGAUCGUUUGACUGCUCUGGAGAACCAGUUUGGUCAACUUCGGGGAAGCCUAGAAGAGUUGUUAAAGUUUCACCGAGCCGGAGGAGGAGGAGGAUCUGGCUAUGUCACUGCAGAAGAAGUUCCAGGCGGCUUAUCCAAGAGUCCUCCAAAAACUGCAGGCAAAGUCAAGGCGAAGGCCAAAGUGAAAGGCCCUCCAGUUGGCCCCCCUCCGGGUCUGGGAGCAGUUCACGAUUUUCCAGGUCUCGAUCCAGGGACCGUUGCUGCAGCCCUGCAAGCUGGUGUUCCUCGGUCUCAGCUGGAAACAAUCAGUCGAGUAACUCUCGGCCGACCGGCCAAGCUGGGCGAUUUCCCUGCCGAGGAGGAGGCUGCAGAUGGCGAUGGAUCAGUCAUGGAAGUCGAGCAAGAGCAAGAAGACAUGCCUGCGGAUCCGAUGGCCAGAGCAUUGGUUCAGUUGACGACCAUAGUGGGCCACCUCUCGAAGAAAGCCAAGUUGGACCCCUUGGAGGAUGCCUUAGAAGGCCUCUCAGGAUCUGGGUCUGUGGAGCAGCCAAGCGGUUUAGCCAGGAAGCAUGCCGCUUUGAUUGCAGCCUUGAAAAAGACCUUCAAAGAAAAUCCAAAACGAAUCUGGGAGAUCAUCGAGUCCAACAUGGCCGACGAAUUCGAUCUCAGAGUGUCCCAACCCAAUGUACCGGGACUCUCCUUCACUGCGAGAGGCUGGGCCGAGCAUCGGUCACGCAUUAUGGGUUAUGCUCGGAGUGUGAGGGCAACAUGGACUCUCAGUGGAGUGCUCGAUGCACUCCGGAAUGGAUGUGUCGACGAAGCCCGAGCAAGGUGCUGCUUAGGACUAGCACAGCUGGAGCAGGAGAGUUUGGAUCAUGGAAGCUUCCUUCUAGCUCAAGAAUUCUCAUUUGAGCCGCCAGCUCCCUUGUCGUCUUUCCAAGCUCACGCCUUGCCCGAUGUCACCGAAAUGCCACACACAAGUUCCAGAAUGAGUUUGCUGCCCGAAGGCACGUCCGGCCACGCACUUGCGGACUCACGAGUGGAUGAAGGUGACCCUUUGCCGGGCUCUUCUACCUCACAGCCUCUGGCUCUAUUCGGUCGGGGGAAGCCGGAAUCCGCUCAGAGCUCCGCCCAGCAUGGUGCCGUUGACAAGCCCGGCAGCGUAUGUCCGCUUUCGAGCGAUGAGGGCAUUUUGCCCGAGGUGCAGUUGGGUGAUGACUCUUCAGCCAGGGUUCCAAAGCAUAUCCCUGGUGCUGGGGCGUCCUCCAUCAGAAUUUGGGCAUCUUGGAGCAAUUGGCAUCAAGAUCUUUUUGCUUCUUCGACUCCUUUCAGUCGUUUUUACAAGGCACAGUGUUCAAGGUGGCUAGCAGCUAAUAGCCAAGCUGUGAGAGAAGAGGACCAAGUUUGGCCGAUGCCUCUGCCGUACAGACGUUUUGCUGGAAAGGGCAUUUGUGAUAGGGAAAGAGGCUUUCGCAGGCUUUUGAAUCUGCAAGUUUCUUAUCUCAAUUUCCUCCACUUGGGAGGUCGAAGCCCACCUUCUGGCAUUUGUGGCCCUAUGCCACUUAGUUCCAAGCAGAAGGAGGUAGUGGCCAGACUACGGCGCCUCUCUGAGGCAUGGAGUCUUCUUGAUGAACUUCAUGCGGCUGAUAUGGGCCGAACUGCAGCCAAGCAGGAGAAACAAGAACAAGUUCUCGGCUGCCUCACCAAGAUGUGCACUGCGGCUGUGGGUGACCUGAAAAAGUAUCGUCUGCAGCGCUCUUGUGUAACUCAAGGUCAUGAGAAGGAUGACUUAGGCCAAGUGAUAGGGAAGAUGAAUUUUGGUGAUUCUGUUGCUGCGCAGCCUAUUGUUGCAUCUCGAGUUAAGGUGGAUGGCAGACCAUGUUUUGAUCCUACCCCGUUUCUUGACGAAGAAUCUCACAAGCUUUUUGUCGAACCUUUUCAUCAAGAUUUACAUCAAGAACGUGACCGUUUGCAUCCACCUCGCGUGCAGAUUCAUGCAUCCACAACCGAGAAAGUAAAGCUGUUGCAUCUGCUAAACAGAAGUGGAAGACUCGUGUUUAGAAAAGUCAGUGAUGUUUUCAGAGGGUUCGGUAAUGGCUUGUUCUGCGUGUCCAAGAAUUUGGAAGUUGACCGUUUGAUUUUAGACGGCAGACCAGCUAAUCUCCUACAAGUGCCGCCAGACCAUUAUAUUUUGACUAUGGCGUCGACAUCUGCUCUUUUGGGUGUUCAUCUUAAGCCUCACGAAAAACUUCUUUUUUCGGGUGACGACCUCUCCAACUUCUUCUACAUGUUCAAAGUGGGACCCCAACGUGCUUCUCGCAAUUUCUUGGACUGGGCUAUUCCUACAAAGCUUGUUCGCGAUUUUGCUGGUUUCCCUCAAGAUUUGCUUGGUGAGGAGUUUGUCUAUGCUUGUCUCAACAGUCUUGCUAUGGGGGACUCUGCCGCGUGUGCUUAUGCUCAGACGUCGCAUCUUGCUAUGGCAUUGCAAUGCAAUGCUCUGGAUGGGGACAGUUUGUUAACUAUGCAUGGUAGGGCGCCUAGGGGAUCUUUUAUGGGAGGCAUCAUCAUUGACGACUUCGUCAUCAUGCAAAAGGUUUCGUGGGAUGCUCAGGUUGGGGACCAACUGCUGCGCAGGCGUAGUAAUAUGCAUGCUAUGUACAAAAGAGUCGAUCUUCAAGCACACCCUACAAAAGGUUUCGACAAUGUUGACUGUGCAGAUUUCUGGGGCGCAAAUGUCAAUGGAGUUUCUGGAUUAGUCCGCGGCAACAUUGGAAGGGCGGCAUCUCUUUGCUGGGUAACGGCUCAAAUUGCUUCUUUAGGGGUGUGCUCUGUCGGUCUCUUGGAAGUCAUUGCUGGCGGUUUUGUUGCCCUGUUCUGCUUUAGAAGACGGCUUAUGAGCUUGCUUAGUUGGAUCUAUGCAGUACAGGUCGGUAGGGAACAAUCGGAUAUCAUUACUCUCCCAAUGGGUCUGGUCGAUGAACUCUGGUCGCUCGUAGUGCUUUGUCCUCUUGCUGUCACUGAUUUGCGCGCGUCUUUCUCUGAGGAGCUCUACAUGGUUGAUGCUUCCAACUGGGGGGAUGCCGUUGUUUCUGCUUGUAUCAAGGGUUCUAUGCAUGAAGAGAUCCAUAGGCAUGGUGUUUCGAAGGGUUGUUGGACAAAGCUGCUCUCCCCGUUCAAAGGUCAUCUUCGGGGAAAAGGUAUCCUUCCUGAGGCUGACGAACUUCCUGAAGGCGAAGUUGCCUAUGAAGAGCAUCCUGUUUGGGAGUCUGCUGCUCGUUGUUUGGAUUUCAGUCUUGUCUGGAAGCGUCGUGCAAAGUCUCAACGUCACAUCAACGUGGGUGAAAUGAGGGCGUAUUUGAAGGCUGAGGCGGUUGCUGGUCUAAGGGCGUGUGAUCAGCGCGUUCCUGUGGGUGGUGAUUCCCAAGUGGUCAUCGGUGCGGUGUGCAAAGGGCGUAGUGCUUCGGAGUGUCUUAAUGAAGAAUUGCGUCGCAGUCUUCCUCAGCUUUUGGGUAAUGGUAUUUACAGUACCCCUGGGUAUGUUCGUUCUGCUCACAAUCCUGCUGAUGACCCCACCCGUGGAAAGUCUUUGCGUUCUCCUUCUUGUUAUUUGCCCCAAUGGUGGAUUGAUGCUGAUUUGGGAGAUUUCUCUGGCAUUGACGAGUUUUUGUCCAGCUGCGAUUUGCUUCCUGAACAGUUGGCUGGCUAUGACAGUUUGGCAAAGCUCAAUUUGAAAGAGCCUGAUCUCCUUGACAAAUCCAUUUGCAGCUCAAGGCAUCGCAAGCAAAAGAUUUCUGUAAAAGAAAAGUUGAGAAGUCGAAAGGCUUCUGAAGUCAGCAACGAAGUUUCACCUUCAGAUGAACCCUAUCCCUGGUCUCAAGAAAUUUAUGACAUCUUUUUAUUUUUUGGCAAGGAGCAAUUCAUUUUUGGUUCAGAUGAGCGUUUCCCUCCUGUUCAACCUGGCUUCAUUGACCUGUAUUCUGGCAAGAAAGGAUUUGCUAGAGCAUGUUCUAAGCUAGGGGCAACAUGGAUUCUCACGGUAGACAUUUUGGAUGGUCCUCAGUGCGAUUUGCUGGAUGGAGCGACUCGCAUCCGUAUUGAAAAGCUUUUGAAGGUGGGAGCCUGUUUGUGUUUUUCUGCAGCUCCCAUUUGUGCUUCCUUUUCCACUGCCAUAACACCGGCGGUGCGGAGUCCUCUGGAGCCUCGAGGCAUACAGCCCAUCAGACCUGGCAUGGUGAAGAAGAUAGCCGAUGGGAACAGUCACUCCCAAUGGCUAGCACUCAUGAUUAGGCUAUGCAUCAGUUUGCGAAUUUCGUAUUGGGUUGAGAAUCCAGAUGGUUCCUACUUGUGGCGACAGCCUGAAUGGCUUGAGUUGCCGAAGGGGAUGAGCAGAAAAUAUUUCAGAGUGGAUUUUUGUACUUUUGGAACUGCUUGGAGAAAAAGGACACGGUUUUUGACUUCGUGUCGCUUGAGGGGUACAAAGCGUUUGUGCAAUAGGCAGCAUAAUCAUGUUAUUCUACGUGGCAGAAGUAGACAGAAGAAGAUUUCGAUGACGAAGCUUGCAGAGCCCUACCCAAAAGGUUUGUGUUUCAUGCUUGCAUGGGCGAUUUGUGCUGAUUUGAACGUUUUGAAGUCUGGCGCCAGUUUUUCAUGCCGCUGUGACCAUAGAAGGAUCGGUGAGGCUAAAAAUCCUGGACCGAGACAGCAGAAGCCUGCUACCCGUGAUCCGCGGAGGCUCGACCAAGUUGAAAUGGUCAGGCCGGAAACAGUGGCGAUAGGGUCUGCUGCUUGGGACAGUUUUGCUGAGUGGAUCAAGGAAUCUAUGGGCCAGUCACCCGCAUGGAAUCUCAUCAAUAGAUGGGAAGAGCUGGAGCCAGUCGUUCACCGGCGACCUCUGCCUCUUCGAAUGGUGCAGGCCAUGAUUAGUUUGGCUCUUUUCUGGAACUGGACGCGAAAGUUUUGCAAGCAAAAAGGCGACACCUUGUUUUUCCUGUGGACCUUGCUCAGACUUCAGGUCCAAUGUUUCUACGCAUUUCCAAGCCCAAGCCUGGGCGACGCGGGAUGGGCCGCCUACAUGUUUACCGCUGCUGGCCUUUUCUUAGAGAUGGAUGAGCACCACUGUUCAGCACUUCUUUUCUGCAUCUAUGGCUGUGCUUUUUGCAUCUACGAAGUCUAA